AUGGGCACGGCGCCCACCGGCGUCCGCCAAGCAGAAAGUAUCCGCCAGCCCAAAGCCGCUGACACCGUCAUCCGGGGAUUUGAAAAUGGCGGCUGCGCAGUGAUCAGCCAAUCAGCGAGCAGGCUGCGGUUGCUAGGAGAUAAGAGUCCCGCCCCUCCCACUCUCUGGGUUCUUCACAGACUCAUGGAGGAGGGAAGGAGAAGGGAGUGCCUUUCCAUUCAUAUUGGUCAAGCCGGUGUCCAGAUUGGAGAUGCUUGUUGGGAACUUUAUUGCCUGGAACACGGAAUCCAGCCAGAUGGCAUCCUUCUCAACAGUAAAGAGGAUCAGCUGGAAAACACGAACACGGAGCACAUGAGUACAUCCUUUAAUACCUUCUUUUCUGAGACAGAAGCUGGAAAUUAUGUACCCAGGGCACUCUUCGUGGAUUUGGAACCAACUGUAAUAGAUGGCAUCCGCACUGGGAAGUAUCGUUCACUCUUUCACCCAGACCAGCUGCUUAGUGGAAAGGAGGAUGCAGCAAACAACUACGCACGAGGUCACUACUCCGUGGGGUCAGAGAUCAUCGAUCUUGUGCUAGAGAGGAUCCGGAAGCUGACAGAACAAUGCAGUGGACUUCAGGGAUUUCUGAUAUUCCGAAGCUUUGGAGGAGGCACGGGCUCAGGAUUUACAUCUCUGUUAAUGGAGCGGCUCUCAGUAGAAUACAGCAGGAAGACUAAAUUGGAGUUUGCUGUCUAUCCAUCCCCUCGGAUCGCCACAGCUGUAGUAGAGCCAUACAAUUCCAUUCUCACCACCCAUUCCACCAUAGAACACUCAGACUGUGUCUUCAUGGUGGACAAUGAGGCCCUCUAUGACAUCUGCCAUCAUAGACUUGGUGUCGAACGCCCCUCUUAUGCCAAUAUUAAUAGGUUGGUAGGUCAGGUGUUGUCUUCCAUUACUGCUUCUCUUCGGUUUGAAGGGCCCUUGAAUGUGGACCUGAUUGAAUUCCAGACCAACCUAGUCCCUUAUCCAAGGAUACACUUUCCAAUGACAACCUUUGCUCCCAUAAUCUCUGCUGAGAAAGCCUACCAUGAGCAUCCCUCUGUGUCAGAUAUUACUGCUGCCUGCUUUGAGUUCUCCAACCAGCUGGUCAAGUGUGAUCCUCAUCUUGGAAAGUACAUGGCCUGCUGCCUACUCUACAGAGGGGAUGUGGUCCCCAAGGAUGUGAAUGCCGCGAUUGCCACCCUGAAGUCGAGGAACUCUGUUCAGUUUGUAGAUUGGUGUCCAACUGGUUUUAAAGUGGGCAUCAACAAUCACCCUCCAAAGGUGAUGCCAGGAGGAGACCUGGCCAAGAUCCAGAGGGCUGUCUGCAUGCUGAGCAACACCACAGCCAUUGUGGAGGCGUGGGCCCGCCUAGAUCACAAGUUUGACCUCAUGUAUGCCAAGAGGGCAUUUUUACAUUGGUACAUUCAAGAAGGCAUGGAACAGAGCGAGUUCUCAGAGGCCAGGGAAGAUCUGGCAGCCCUGGAGAAGGAUUAUGAGGAAAUGGGACAUGGUUUCUGA